CUGCUGCAGUCCUAUGUUUCGGUGCUCGCCCAUCUGGCAUAUGUAUUCAAACACCACAAGAAGGACCGCGAGUCAGCCAAAGUUCAUCAGUGGAUUUAUUUGGGUCUUGCAAGCUGGGCGGCACGCAUUACUGUUGCAGCUCUGGUCGAUGUUUUGGGCUUGGCGUACCAUGCCAAAAACCAAUUAGAGAAUGUGACCUCAAUUGAGCGAGUGGCAGAGAUCGCGCAGCAAUUGCGCGCGUCACUGGCAUCGUACACGGAGAAAAACAGCGCCUUAGCCAAUGCCAUGGUAGGGGGCAACGCUGUAGCCAAAACCUAUGAGGCAGAGAAGGUCUGCCGGCUGUGGCGAGAACAGCAGAACAGCAAAAUCCUUGUGCGCUACGAGACCAAGGACGGCGACAUCGUGGAGGAGGGGAUCCGAUUUGCCGGCUUCGAGGAUGUGCAGCACAUCCUGCGGACUUUCCAGCGAGUGCGAGACUACGCCAGGGCUUGCGGUGACAAAGUCCUGGCCCGCUUCGGCGCAAGUUCUAUUCUGGAACCAGCAGUGAUUUUCAACGCCACCUACGAGUUGGAGCAGAGUUCCUUUGCAGAUGCCGUCAGUCGCAUGUCCGACAUUUAG